UUCAAUUUCGUCUCAGAACCCACAAAACACGCCCACAGUUUCGCAACAAUGGCCGUAGCGAAUCUCCAGAGGCUCUCCUCUCAAAUCCAUUGUCUUCCUUCGCUCUCUUUCUUCUCCAAAUCCCUGAUUUCCAGAUCUUCUGCUUCGUCUUCCUCCUCCUCCUCCUCCUCCUCCCAAAAGGUCUCUGAUCGUAUCGUCAGGCUCUUCGCCAUCGAUCCCUACGGCCAGAAGCGCGAGGUCGUCGGUCUUGCCGGCCAGACUCUCCUCAAGGCCUACCACACUGGCCUCAUUGAUCCCGAGUCUCACCGCCUUGAAGAGAUCGACGCUUGUUCUGCUGAGUGUGAGGUCAACAUCGCUCAAGAGUGGUUGGAGAGACUCCCUCCUCGAUCCUACGAUGAGGAGUAUGUGCUCAAACGGAACUCUAGGUCUAGGGUUUUGAACCUGCAUUCUCGCCUUGGAUGCCAGGUUGUGCUCACUCCGGAGCUUCAAGGUAUGGUCGUUGCAGUCCCUGAACCAAAACCCUGGGAUAUUCCCUAGGAUUUUUUGUGAAAUUAGGCUUGUUGGUUUUCUUUAUUGGUUUCAAUAAUGUCUAUCCAAUUUGGUGACAUUAGAAAGACAGAAACUUGUUGCGUUUAAUGGUUGUCUUCAUGGAACGCAGCCCUUUAAGUUUAUUAUGUGGGCUUGUUGGAAUUUGUGUUUAAUAUAUUGGACUUCAAUUCUAGCAGUAGGCCUGAUAUGAAUAACUAUUGCAUUGUCGUUAGCCUUGGUUUCCUGGUGAGAACAAUUAUUUGCCUCCAAAGAACUCUGCUGAAGUACUUUUCGCUGUGGGAGGGAUUGUUUCUUUGUUUGUGAUGGUUUGAACUCUUGGUAUAACUUAUGUGAUAACUUGUUUUUA